AUGGUUCGACUGACUCUGGAUUUAAUUGCCAAAAACAGCAAUCUUAAACCCCGAAAAGAAGAAACCAUCACACAGUGCCUGAAGAAAAUAACGCACAUAAAUUUUUCAGACAGAAAUAUAGAUUCAAUUGAUGACCUCUCUCUUUGCAAAAACCUGAGUGUUUUGUAUCUGGGAGGCAAUUACAUUGCAGUCAUAGAAGGUCUGGAAGGACUGGAAGAACUGAGAGAGCUUCAUGUUGAAAGGCAGAGGCUUCCAUUGGGAGAAAAGCUUCUGUGUGACCCUAGGACUCUCCAUUCUCUGUCAAAAUCCCUCUCUAUUUUGAAUAUCAGCAACAAUAACAUUGAUGACAUAAAAGACUUAGAGACACUGGAGAACCUUAAUCACCUGAUCGCAGUUGACAACCAGCUGAUGCAUGUGAAGGAUUUGGAGACUUUACUGAAAAAACUGAUGAAGCUGUGGAAAAUGGAUCUAAAUGGAAAUCCUGUUUGUCUUAAACCAAAAUACAGGGACAAACUGAUACUGAUGUCCAACUCACUGGAAUUUCUUGAUGGAAAAGAAAUAAAAAACCUGGAAAGGCAGUUCCUACAGAAUUGGAAAGCAUGCAAGGAUGCCAAGAAAAUCAGCAAGAAAAAGAGCAUUAAAAGUGAGGAACCCAGAAACUCCUACAUAAGUAACUUUGAAACAAUACGUCACAUAGUUCCUGUUUGUUACCCACAGGUGGGUAAUCCAAAAGUAGUCUUUUUCUCUGAUGCACAGAGAUACUUUGUAAAUGGAAAUCCAUCUUCAGAGGAUAAAACUCAAAUUUCUGAAGACAUGAGGAAUCUGUCUUUGAAGGGAUCUAAAAGCUUGAUAAUAAAAAAUGAUAUCCAUGAGCCUCACCUUCCUCGAAACGCAAAAGUAAAGGAACAUUUGUCUGAGGAAAAGGAGUAA